UUCCUUUUUAAGUAACCCCAUAGGCAUUUUGACCCUUUUUAUGAUAUUCCUAAACGCAUACUUCCUCUGAGCCGUCUAUGGAAGAUGGACGGUACGGAUCCAGUCUUGAAAGCGGUGUUUUCAUUUGAGCUUAAAUCAUGUCUUUUAAGCAGCUGAUAUCACAGUGAAAAGAAAGUAUGAUUUGAGUGAUUUGGGGCACAUCUGGUUUGAACUUUUCAGGUUGUACCUUAUUCAACAACCUGCCAUUCGAAAUCUUGUUUCUAUAGCAUAACAUUGUGUUUAGGAAGGAAGGGAAUUUUAAAAUUUAUUUGUUUUUGAAUCAAUCCCUUGUGUUUGGAAAGGAAAGGAUGAGCUUGGGUCUUUUGGAUCCAUCCCUUUAUGCACUCAAUUCAAACAACAAUGACUACAAAACGGCGCUUAAUGCUAUGAAAUAAACCAUGCCACCUCUAAUUGGACAGUUGUUACUUUCUGCGUCCAAUUCAUAUGACUUUGAGGCUCAUGUUACAGUGAUUUGGGUAAAGAAGAUGGCUGCUAUCUAUAGUCUCUUCAUCAUAAACAAAUCUGGCGGACUUAUAUUUUAUAAGGAUUAUGGAUCAGCAGGGCGCAUGGACACAAAUGAUAGCUUGCGUUUAGCGAGCUUAUGGCACUCUAUGCAUGCGAUUUCACAACAGUUAUCUCCUACUAUUGGUUGUACAGGAAUUGAACUACUUGAGGCGGAUACAUUUGACCUCCAUUGCUUUCAGUCACUUACAGGGACCAAGUUCUUUGUAGUCUGUGAGCCUGGUAUACAGCACAUGGAAGCUCUCCUCAAACACAUCUAUGAGCUUUACACUGAUUAUGUUCUUAAAAACCCAUUUUACGAAAUGGAGAUGCCGAUUCGUUGUGAGCUUUUUGAGCUGAAUCUCUCUCAGGCAAUUCGAAAAGAUAGGAUCGGAUUGGUGGGUCGUUGAAAAUGGAGGACCAAAAUAGAUCAAAGUGGUGCAUGCCUCAUGAAGAGUAAGAGGCUAAGAGCUUACAUUCUCAGUUAUUUUCUUUGAUUGAAGCCAGUUUGCCUUCAUGAUAGUUUUAACUCCAGGCUGCAUACCAGAGCAGAUCAAUUUUUUUUAGUAAGAAAUUGCUAUUAUUCCUUGUUGUAAAGCUACUGCAAAUCAGUUUUACAAACUUUUCAAUGCUAUGUGGUAGGUUGGUGGGUGGGGUGGGUGUGUGUGGGUGGGUGGUCAAGUUGACAGGGAGAUUAACUGUUCGUCUUGCAACCUGUUAAUCUGUGCCAUCCAUCAUGAAUAAUGGAUGGUUGAUGUCCCAUGGUCUACGAUAUAGCAUACACUGCUAUAAUAUAAAUGAGUGUUCCAGAUGCUGAUUGCUUUU